AGUGUCGCCGAGAUAGAAAAUAAAAAAAUUUUCAGGUUUGUGCAUGUGAUUCGCAGAAUUUUAAAUCUCCAUGCUCUGAUCAGGACAAUCAGGACAGCAGAAUCUUUGAAAACGUCUUACUGAAGUAUUAUUUUCAAGUGUUUACUGUUUGUAAAGUAUAUUCGAUGAAUGCUUGUUAAUUUGUGAGCUUUUUCCAAACCCCAUUGUCGAAGUUGACCGAACACCGAAGAAUAAAAGACAUGUCCGAUAUAUAUCGAGAACGUUUGUGUGAUAUUCUGUGGAGUGCUGAGGAUUCGUAUCUUUACUCUAUUCCUGCAUUCACAGCGGACGAUAUUGGCGAUAUUUGUAAACUAAAACUUCUCGUUCAUAUAUGGAUGACGAUAGACUUGAAAGCAGAGUUCGUGAACGUGAAGGGUAAUACAGCUGUUUAUGAAGGAGGCAUAUACAGUGUAGAUGGAAUGUACCGCUCGACUACUGUUCCGGAAAACUGGCAUUUAAGCGGUGUAAAUGACUUGAAUGCAACUUACAAACAUGCCGGACGUACCUUUAAUUUCACCUUCGCGUAUACGAGAGGUGUCUAUGUGAUCACUGUUGUGGAUGACGCUACAGGUUACUCAGCAAGCACAUUCAUAAACGAAGUUCCUGGUGAUUGUGAGGACGAAAGUUCAGAUAAAGACGAAGCCAUCAUCACCGAUAUCAUUAGACAGUUGAACCGAAGGAUUAAUUUGUUUAUGGAGGCCGUCCAGUCACCAGACUAUAAACCUGGAACAUCAUCUUCUGACACAAAUCAAAUACCUAAGCGAAAGAAAGUAUAUUCAAUGAAAGCUUGUUAAUUUGUGAAUUUUUUUCGAAACCCAUCGUCCAAGUUGAUCGAAGAAUAAAAAACUGCCAAAAGACAUGUCCGAUAAAUAUCGAGAACGUUUGAGUGAUGUUCUACAGAGUACUGACUUUUCCUAUCCACGACGAAUCACUCCGCAUAAUAUUUGUAAACUGAAAGUUCUUGUUCAUAUAUGGAUGACGAUAGACUUGAAAGCAGAAUUCGUGAAGGGUAAUGGAGCUAAUACAGAGACUGUAGAUGGAGACCACUCGACUGAUGUUCCGGCCAACUGGCAUGAAAGCGAUAUAAAUAACUUGGAUGCGACGUAUAAAUAUGCGGGACGAACAUUCUAUUUCGCCUUCGCAUAUAAUAAACGAAGUGAUAACUAUGUGAUUAGUGUUGUGGAUAACGUUACACGUUACUCAGAAAGCGCAUUCAUAAACAAAGUUCCUGGUGAUUGUUCUGAGGAAAAUGCAGUAGAAGACGAAGUCAUCAUCACUGAUAUCAUUAGACAGUUGUACCGAUGGAUUGAUGCGUUUAUGGAGGCAGUCCAGUCACCAGACUACAAACCUAGAACACCAGAUUUUAGCACAAAGAAACGAAGGAGGUAGAUUGAAUUUUACGCAUUGAAUCGUUUGUUGGACUGGAAUGAUAUGAAAAGACAGAAGCUUUCUAAUUAAAAUUAAAUCAACGUGAUAUUUUUCUAUUUUGUAUAAAUGUAGAUAAUAAUUGAAGAUUUUUUAUUGAAUCACAGUUUUAAAAUAAUCUUCCAAAUUCAAAGUGAUAUUUUUCCAUUUUUUUUUGUUUUUUUUAAAAAAUAAAUUACCUAUUGAAACUUUUUCUUGAAUCGCAGUUUUAUAAGUAAAAUAAUCUUCCUAGCUGUAGUAUAAUUCAAUGUGAUAUUUAUUUUUCUAUUUUGUACAAGAUCAGUAAUUACAAAUAAUUAAAAUUUUAAAUUUUAAAAA